CCGGAAGUUGUCGUUUCUCUUGAGCACGCGCAGUCCUUUACCGUCCGACCUCUGGCACAGUCUGAUUAACUCGAGGUAGUCGUGUCUGUGUAUUGGAACACUUUAUCCCAUCAUUAUGUACGCCUGUGCUAAAUUCGUCUCCACCCCUUCACUGUUGCGUGCUGGAGCGCGUGCUCUCUACAGACCUCUCGCUGCUAAUGUGGUGUCAGGACGCGAUGCUGGCAGCGUGGAGGCUCCCUCGUUCCUGGCCUCCCAGCAGCAGGUGGCGCUCCGUGGCUUCCAGACCAGCGCAGUGAGCCGGGACAUUGACACUGCUGCUAAGUUUAUCGGAGCAGGCGCUGCCACAGUGGGCGUCGCCGGGUCCGGCGCCGGGAUCGGCACUGUGUUCGGCAGUCUCAUCAUCGGAUAUGCCAGGAACCCAUCUUUGAAGCAGCAGCUGUUCUCCUAUGCAAUCUUGGGCUUUGCUCUCUCUGAAGCCAUGGGUCUCUUCUGUCUGAUGGUGGCUUUCCUCAUCCUCUUCGCCAUGUAAAGAAAUCCUCUUCCACAACAACCUCUACUAUUGGUCCAUACCGUCAUCAUGACUACCAGAGCAGCACUUGAAUAUACUCAUCAUAUAUAUAUAUAUGUAUGUAUGUAUGUAUGUAUGUAUGUAUGUAUGUAUGUAUGUAUGUAUGUAUGUAUGUAUGUAUGUAUGUAUGUAUGUAUGUAUAUAUGACACACACAGCAGCCACUACUGUAGGUUAAUUUAAACUAUGAUACUAGUCCUAGUUUCAACUAGACUAGGAUCCUAGUAAAGGCUAGACUGAUCCAAGUCAUUGAGAAUGAAUCAUGGACCCACUCAUGUCUCACUGUCUGUAGUGCUGGCUGUUUUUAAACUGGUGGAUUUAUAAUGGCAUUGUUUAUUGUACCUUUGUUGUUAAAAGAAAAUGGAAUAUAACACACUAAAAUAAAUGUAUUUCAAUCAUUU